CAAAUAAGAAAACGUUUCCCCACCCCCGAAAUUGCAUUGAAUAACACACUAGCAGUUCCAAGGCGAACUUUUAUGGAGAUUAAACAACACCAUAAGCAUCCACAUUCUCCAGCUUACAAUUUACUUCUCCAAGCAGGACCACGUCUCAAACUUCUUCACCAAGUCCACGCCCAUGUAAUUGUCUCAGGCUAUGGUUGCAGCCGAUUCCUUCUUACUAAGCUUCUCAAUUUAGCUUGCGCUGCUGGCUCCAUUAGCUACACGCGUCAAAUCUUUCUCAUUGUCCCAAAUCCAGAUUCUUUUCUCUUCACUUCCCUUAUCAGAUCCACCUCCAAAUUCCACAACUUCUCUGUUUAUUCCCUUUACUUCUAUACCCGCAUGGUCCUUUUUAAUGUUGCACCUUCAAAUUAUACUUUUACGAGCGUGAUUAAAUCUUGUGCUGAUUUAUUGGCUCUGAGACAUGGGAGGAUUGUUCAUGGUCGUGUUUUGGUUAAUGGGUUUGGAUCGGAUGUGUAUGUUCAAACUGCUUUGGUGUCUUUUUAUGGAAAGUGUGGUGUUUUGUGCAAUGCGAGGAAGGUGUUUGAUAAAAUGCGUGACAGGAGUGUUGUGACGUGGAAUUCGAUGAUCUCGGGGUAUGAGCAAAAUGGGUUUGCUAAAGAGGCAAUUAGAUUGUUUGACCGAAUGAAGGAAGUGGGUGUUGAACCGAAUUCGGCCACGUUUGUGAGUGUUUUAUCCGCUUGUGCUCAUUUGGGUGCAUUUAUUUUAGGGUGUUGGGUGCAUGAGUAUGCUGUUGGGAAUGGUUUGGAUUUGAAUGUAGUGCUUGGCACUUCGUUGAUUAAUAUGUAUACAAGGUGUGGGAAUGUGAGUAAAGCGAGGGAGGUUUUUGAUUCGAUGAAGGAAAGGAAUGUAGUGGCUUGGACGGCAAUGAUUUCCGGGUAUGGAACAAAUGGUUAUGGUAGCCAAGCAGUCGAGUUGUUUCAUGAAAUGAGAAGAAAUGGAUUGCUUCCUAAUAGUAUCACAUUUGUUGCUGUUUUGUCAGCAUGCGCUCAUGCGGGGUUAGUGAAUGAAGGGCGCCGGGUGUUUGAAAGCAUGCGAGAAGAGUAUCGUUUGGUGCCUGAAGUGGAGCAUCAUGUUUGCUUGGUUGAUAUGCUUGGUCGUGCUGGACUUCUCGAUGAAGCAUACAAUUUUAUCAAAGAAAUUCAUGAAGAGCCAGCACCUGCUAUUUGGACAGCGAUGCUUGGAGCUUGCAAGAUGCAUAAGAAUUUUGGCCUUGGAGCUCAAGUUGCUGAGCAUCUCUUAGCUUCUGAACCAGAAAAUCCAGCUCAUUAUGUGAUCCUCUCAAAUAUAUAUGCUCUGGCAGGCAGAAUGGACCAAGUUGAAAUGGUUAGAGACAAUAUGAUUCGAAAAUGCUACAAGAAACAAGUUGGCUAUAGUACAAUAGAAUUGGAUCGUAAGACUUAUUUAUUUAGCAUGGGGGACAAGUCUCACACUGAGACAAAUGAAAUUUAUCAUUAUCUAGAUCAGUUAAUGCGGAAGUGUAGAGAAGCUGGUUAUGUGACAGUAUCCGAUUCAGUUAUGCAUGAAUUGGAAGAGGAGGAGAGAGAAUGUGCACUUGGAUACCAUAGUGAGAAGCUUGCGAUAGCAUUUGGGUUGUUGAAAACCAGCCGUGGGACUGUUAUUAGGAUUGUGAAGAACCUUCGAAUGUGUGAAGAUUGUCAUUCUGCCAUUAAAUAUAUUUCGGUUAUCUCCAAUAGAGAGAUUAUUGUUCGUGAUAAGCUGCGCUUCCACCACUUCAAGAAUGGCUCAUGUUCUUGUCUGGAUUAUUGGUGAAGACUCCUUUUGGCAUCUUUGAACCAGUACGAAACAAAUAUCAUCUAGUUGUGCUUUGAUGUAUCACCCAAAAAUAGACUUGGAGACGCAUCAAGAUUUAACUGGUCAAUAGGAGUCCCGUGUUGUGGUUCAGAAAAGCAAAAACAUUCAUGAUGGGCAUCGAUUGCUCAUUUUUCAGCCUGGAUCCUCUUGAUUAAGACAUGAAUCAUUGUAGACAUGGGGGAUGAAGGGAUCAUCACCAAAUUCAUUUGCACAAUAGCUGCCUUAUUUCCUGAAAUGUUGUCAUUAAGCUAUUACUAUUUGGAUCAUCCCGCAAGAAGCUACAAAUCUUUCAGUGUUCUUUGAUAAAUACCAAGGCACACUGGCAGCAGAAAAACAGUGCUUUUCAUUAUGUGGUUAGUAAUCUAAGGAAUUGCAUCAGCAGAGAAUACAAGAGUAAUAAGAAAAAGAACAAGAAGCCGAACCAUCAAUUGUCCAUUUAGCUUUAGAAGUGUGAUCUUGUAAGAUUAUCACAUAUGGAAAACUCUGGUGAAUUCAAUUUCUUUUUAAGAAAA